AUGCUCGGUAGGACAAGAGCAACGAAUCAUGACGACCAGGACGGCUCUGCGGCGCAACCAUUGCUCGGACAGUCAUACGAGGAUGCUUCAUCGCAUCAAGGAGAGGACGUCAUAUUCUCCGUCGCAGACGACGAAGACCUGGACGAGUCUUCGGCCCUCAGUCGAGCAGACUCUCCGCAGGACACCCCAGGACAUGUCCGCUUCCGGGACGACGUGCAGGUGAUCGGCCUGCCCUUGCGAUCUAUGUUUGAGAGCCGAGAGACGGAGUAUGAACUAGACACGGACGACCUAGAUAAUGAAGCAGUCGCGCAGCUCGAGACAUCGCAUCCACCACGCUCCUCACGCUCUUCAAGCAGUCGAAGUCGCGAACAAUCCGUGCCGCUGCUCGUAGGUCUACUAGAUACAGCGUCUGCACGGAGGGACAGCACCGAUGGGACGCUUCGCCUAGAGCAGAAUGGUGUCGUACCAGAAGAGGAUGGCCCGCGAGUGGACCUGGAGGCCCUUGCUGCAAAGCGUUUGGCCGGAGGAGGGAUGCUGGACUCCGUAGCGAAUAUGGCCAACUCAAUCUUAGGCGCAGGGAUCAUUGGUUUACCGUAUGCCGUGCGACAAGCGGGGUUUGUCACAGGCCUCAUCCUGCUCGUCGUCCUGUGUGGUGUGACAGAUUGGACCAUCCGCCUCAUUGUGAUCAACGCGAAGCUCAGCGGGCGCAACUCUUAUAUUGAGAUAAUGAACCACUGCUUCGGUCCAAGUGGGCGCGCAGCAGUGUCCUUCUUCCAAUUUGCGUUUGCGUUCGGAGGCAUGUGCGCCUUCGGGAUCAUCAUUGGCGACACAAUACCGCAUGUCAUCCGCUCCGUAUUCCCCACCCUCUCGACGAUACCUGUCCUCUCCAUCCUCACAAAACGCCAAUUCGUCAUCGCCCUCUGCACGAUCUGCGUCUCCUACCCGCUUUCUCUGCACCGCUCCAUCGACAAGCUCGCGCGCGCGUCCUUCCUCGCGCUCCUCGGCAUGGUGACCAUCGUCGUCUCCGUGCUCAUCGACAGCCCGCGCGUCCCGCUCGAGCUCAAGGGUGACCCGUCCAAGCGCUUCACCGUCCUCGGCCCAGGUGUCUUCCAGGCGAUCGGCGUGAUCAGCUUCGCGUUCGUGUGCCACCACAAUUCGUUGCUGAUCUAUGGGAGCUUGCGCACGCCGACGCUGGAUCGGUUCGCGAGGGUGACGCACAUAUCGACAGCGAUAUCAUUGGUUGCGUGUUGCACGCUGGCGAUCUCGGCGUAUGUGGUGUUCACGGACAAGACUCAAGGGAACAUCUUGAACAACUUUGCAGGGAAUGACACCCUCAUCAACGUCGCCCGCUUUUGCUUCGGACUGAACAUGUUCACGACCCUGCCCCUAGAGCUCUUUGUCUGCAGGGAGGCACGUUAUAACCUCUCAAUUCGUACCAGCUACGUACUGAGAAAUGCUUUGCAGGUCAUAGAGCAGUUCUUUUUCCCGCACGAGCCCUUCAACAUGCAGCGGCAUGUCUUCUUCACGACAGCGCUGACGUGCUCCUCGAUGAUCGUCGCUCUGAUUACCUGCGACCUCGGAGUGAUGCUCGAGAUCACAGGAGGCGCCUCAGCAACAGCGCUCGCGUUCAUCUUUCCCGCAGCAUGUUACCUGCGCCUAGCGAAUCUGGGCCCGGAGUGGUACUCUCGCGGCAAGCUACCCGCCCUGGCUUCAGUUGCCUUCGGCGUCACUGUUCUGGUUAUCUCACUGUUUCUGGCUUUGGGCAAGGUAUGGACUCCGGACGGUGCGGCGCGGAUAUGCGUGUAG